AUGUCCAGAGACGUCAAAGAAUUUCUAUAUGCUUGGUUAGGAAAGAAUAAGUAUGGAAAUCCGACGUACGAUACAAAAAGUGAAACCAGGAGUGGUAGGCAGAGAUUCAAAUGCGAACUUCGGAUCACAGGAUUUGGCUACACUGCUUUCGGAAAUUCCACAAACAAAAAGGAUGCUGCUACCAAUGCUGCUCAAGAUUUCUGCCAAUACCUAGUCAGAGAAGGAAAAAUGCAACAGAGUGAUAUUCCGACUCUAACGUCUUCGAGUCUUGAAGCUUCUUCCACGUGGCAAGAUUCUGAAACUGCUACAAUGUUUUGUGGUGGAGAAGAUGGCAACUCGUUCCAAGAGUCACAGCAACCAAUUCCACAAAAAAGAUUUCCUUGGAGUAACAAUGCAUAUCAACGUAACGAGGGCACACAUGAACAAUAUAUUACACAGAAAGCAGAAGAAAUUGCUGCAUCGGAAACUGUUGAUCUAAAAUCAGAAAUUCAUGGAGGAUGGACGAUGGAGAAUUCAAAGAAAGCGCUGAAUGAGUUUCUUCAAAAAAUGAGACUUCCACAGGUUAACUAUGGAACCAAAAUUCGAGAAUCAAACACCGUUAAAACAAUGGAGACGACUGCCCAAAUCUUUGUUCCUCAAAUCAACAAAAAUCUCGUUGGAAAAGGUACUGGAUCUAACAAGAAAGUUUCUGAAGCGGCGUGUGCAAUGAAUAUCGUUCGUCAGAUGUUCCAUCUCAAUAUUAUGCAAUCGUACAGUGGACCAAUCAAGAAGAGUAAAGUCAGCACGCUUCCUGAAAUUGCGAUUUCCAUUCCAGAAGAUCUCUCAACUCGAGUGACAGAAUAUGUUCGGUCGUGCGGUCUUGAGUUGCCAGAAAUCAACGAAACGAGUGCAACUCCGGAAGCUCCUACCUCACUGCUCACGGAUGUUAAACUAGCGCAGUUCCCUGUUUCAGAAAUUUGUUCCGCUUCGAAUAUCUCCUGGGCACCUCCUCUUCAGAAUUGGAAUCCAUGGAGAGCUUCGAAUAUCGAUGAGGAACCAUUAGCUUUUAUGUCAAUGGAGCAAAUUAGUCAGAGAAUAAUGGAAAAAGAGGAUUUCAAGCGAGGUGAAGCACUUGACAAAAUAACAGCUCAACGUGGAGAACUCCCUGUCGCCCAGUAUCGUGAAAACAUUGUACAAACCGUCGCAGAAAAUCGUGUUACACUGAUCAAAGGAGAAACUGGAUGUGGAAAGAGUACUCAAGUUGCUCAAUUUCUACUGGAAAGUUUUUUGGAAAAUUCUAAUGGAGCAUCUUUCAAUGCAGUCGUCUCUCAACCUCGUCGUAUUUCUGCAAUUUCACUGGCCGAACGUGUCGCCAACGAGCGAGGAGAAGAAGUUGGAGAAACAUGCGGAUAUAAUGUUCGAUUCGAUAGUGCAACUCCUCGGCCAUAUGGAUCUAUCAUGUUUUGUACUGUUGGAGUCUUGCUGCGAAUGAUGGAGAACGGAUUACGAGGAAUUUCACAUGUAAUCAUCGAUGAAAUUCACGAACGGGAUGUUGACACUGACUUUGUUCUUAUUGUGCUCCGCGAAAUGAUUAGCACAUACCGAGAUCUACGUGUGGUACUCAUGUCUGCCACCAUCGACACUGAUUUGUUUACCAAUUUCUUCAGCUCUAUCCCAGAUGUUGGCCCGACACCAGUUAUCACGAUGCAUGGAAGAACUUUUCCUGUACAAUCAUUCUACCUGGAAGACAUUCUUCACAAUCUUCAGCAUAUGCCUGAGGAACCAGAUCAAAAGAAACGGAAAAAGGGAGGACCACCUCCACCAGAUGAUGAUGAAGGAGAUGAAGAAGUGGAUGAUAAGGGUCGAAACAUGAAUAUUCUAACAGAUCCAUCAAUCAACGAAUCACUGAAAACAGCAAUGUCAAGAAUCUCUGAAAAAGAUAUUCCAUUCGGUGUGAUCGAAGCUAUUUUGAACGAUAUUGCAUCCCGCGGAGUGGAUGGCGCCGUUUUAGUUUUUCUUCCCGGUUGGGCAGAAAUUAUGACACUUUGCAAUCGACUUUUAGAGCACCAAGAAUUUGGCCAAGCUAAUAAAUAUGAAAUUCUUCCACUUCAUUCUCAAUUAACUAGUCAGGAACAGAGAAAAGUGUUCAAUCACUACCCAGGAAAGCGGAAGAUCAUUGUUUCAACAAAUAUCGCUGAAACAAGUAUUACAAUUGAUGACGUAGUCUAUGUGAUUGACUCUUGCAAAGCAAAGGAACGAAUGUAUACAUCGAACAACAAUAUGGUUCAUUUCGCAACUGUCUGGGCAUCAAAGACAAAUGUAAUUCAAAGAAGAGGGCGCGCUGGUCGUGUUAGAGCUGGAUACGCUUUUCAUUUAUGCAGUAAGAUGAGAUUUGAAGCACUGGAUGAUCACGGAACUGCUGAAAUGCUUCGGAUUCCUCUUCAUCAAAUCGCUUUGACAAUCAAACUUCUCCGUCUCGGAUCCGUCGGUGAAUUCCUUGGAAAGGCUCUUCAACCUCCACCGUAUGAUAUGGUCGUCGAAAGUGAAGCAGUGUUACAAGCGAUGGGAGCUCUUGAUCGUAAUUUAGAAUUGACAAGUCUCGGAAAAAUGCUCGCUCGUAUGCCAAUUGAGCCUGUCAUUGCCAAAGUGCUUAUUCUUGGAACUGCUCUUGGUGCAGGAUCUGUGAUGUGUGACGUGGCAUCUGCAAUGUCAUUUCCAACUCCAUUCGUUCCACGAGAGAAGCAUCACAGCCGAUUGAGUGGUACACAGCGAAAGUUUGCUGGAAACAAGUUUUCUGAUCAUGUUGCAAUUGUCUCUGUGAUUCAAGGAUAUCGUGAAGCCGUUCAAAUGGGUGCAUCUGCUGCUGAGCGCGAAUUCUGUGAGCGAUACUCGCUGAGUAAUCCUGUGCUCAAAAUGACUGAUGGAGCACGUAGACAGUUGAUUGAUGUACUUCGAAAUCAAUGCAGUUUCCCUGAAGACAUUUUGUUUGAUAUCUCUGUUAACGUCAAUGGACCAGAUCGUGAACUUAAUCUGAUGCGUUCUCUUCUUGUCAUGGCUCUUUAUCCAAAUGUGGCGUACUACGUUGGAAAACGGAAAGUAUUAACGAUAGAGCAAUCGAGUGCACUAAUCAACAAGUAUUCUAUGCUUGUUCCGAUGAAUAAUCGCCAAGAAAUGGAUUUCCCAAGUCCUCUGCUCGUUUUCACUGAAAAAGUUCGUACCAGAUGCAUCUCAUGUAAACAAAUGUCAGUGAUCAGUGCAAUACAAUUGUUAGUUUUUGGAAGUCGAAAAGUUGAAUGUGUCGGAGAAGGACUUGUUCGCAUUGAUGAGACUAUUACAAUUCGAAUGAACGUUUCUACCGCAGCUGCUCUCAUCGGUCUUCGUCCAUGCAUCGAAGCUCUUCUCGUCAAAUCUUGUGAAAAUCCAGAAUCUCUGGCUGGCCUCAACCCAUCAGAUGCUGAACUUCGUCAACUUCUUCGUGACAUAUCUUCCGAAGAAUUCAUGUCCGAAGCUGGACCUAUCAAAGACAGUCUACUUACAGAUAAUGCGUUAAUCCAGAAAGGCCCUGCUCCAAAUCGUCUUGAAUAUGCUGAUUGGGGACCGUCGAACAACAAUUCAUCAUUCCAAAAUCAAGAUUUUCCACCAGCUGCUGGGGGCAAAGUGCACCCUUACCGCGGUAACAGACGCGGAAAUCAUCCAUAUGCUCAAAAUCGUCCCUAUGCUCCUCCCAAUUCCGGAAUGGGCUAUCAGAAUUUCAACAACUCAGGUUACGGCGCCAGUGGCGAUUGGAACGCCGGACGUGGCAAUUACGGCAAUGUUGGAAGCGGAUAUCGAGGAGCUGGCGGCGGCGGCGGUUACCGAGGUGGUCGUGGUGGAAGAGGUGGUGGCCGUGGCGGUGGUGGCAGAGGAUGGAAUGCAUCGAACUGGUAGAUCAAAUAUAUGCCUGUUGUUGUUAUAACUUAUGAUCGUAUAAGGAAAUCGAUCUCAUCUUGUCACACUUAUCAAAGUGUCGUUUUGGUUUUAUUCUUUUUUAUAAUAAAAGUUUUGGUUGUU